AUGAAACUCAGCGUGCUCCUCUUCAUCGCCGGGCUGUUUGGAGCUCUCGGGGUUCUACUCUUUUUAGUUGCUUUCGGCACAGAUUACUGGCUGCUGGCCACUGAAACAUGUCCUUCUGUCCGAAAUAGCACGGAUUCAAUCCCCGCAGAGAAGGGAGAUAUCAUUGUGCCUUCCCAUAGAGCUGGUCCCAUUUUUCACCAUGAGGGCUUCUUCUGGAGAUGUUGGUUUAAUGAAGCUGUGGUUGAUGACAACAUCUGGAAAUUCUGGUUCACUAACCAACCUCCUUUGAAAUAUUGUAUGCACGCCUAUCUCCUCCCGUUCCCUCUGACAACAGAUUCAUACAACUCCACUGCUUAUGAGACAGCUAUCAUUUACCGUGGUUUCUGGUCAGUAUUUAUGAUGUUGGGUAUCGUUGCCGUCACAGUAGGAGGCUUUAUCAUCAUCUGUGCAGUUCCAUUUCCUAAUCAUAAGCUCUACAAAGCAGGAGGGGGACUAUUUCUAUCUGCUGGAAUUUUAUUUACAGUACUUGUUAUUAUGUAUGUCAUCUGGAUCGAAACUGUGAUUGAUAUUCAAGAAUACAUUCAGAAGCAAAGAAUUCAGCUCUGUCCUGAUUUUACACUAAACAUUCAAUAUGGAUGGUCCUUCAUAGUUGCAGCCAUUGGGAUUUUCUUCUCAUUGUUCUCAGGCUUGCUGUUCCUCCUUGCAGGCCACGCUAUUCACAUUCAUUAUGAUUAAGAGACUGCUCUUGUUUUGCUUUGCAGAAUUAGAAAUCAAUUAUUUUAAUACAAGCAGUUUGCUAAAUAUACACAUUGGAAAUGAAAGUUUACUUCUCUAUAUUUCCAAACA